CGAGUAAGAGUCAACUUUCUUAAGCCGCCUUUUAAUCCCUCUAUCUAUAUAAUUCCUCAAUAACCCCACUUGCAUCCCUUCAAUUUCAAUCAACAAUUUAAUUAAAUCCCCCUAAACCUAUUUACCCAAACAAACAAAACAGGCUUACAAAUUUUGGUGAUGAUUGUGAAGAAUUCAAUUAUGACAAAGAUGGUGGUAGUUGAUGCAGAUAUAUUUUGUCAGCCUAGUGUUUCUGUUGAUGAGAAUUUGGAUUUAUUUGAUGUCUCUGUUACUAAAUCACGUGAAUUUGCCGAUAAUGAUUCGGUUUCCUUUGAUAUUGAUAUUUCUAGUCGUUCUGACUCGGGUGUGAGAUGCUCAACUAGUACUCAGACGACUAUAAUAGAUUCAGCCAGAAGCAAUAAUUUUCUCCCAGCUAUUCGUUCGGGUAGCUAUACUGAUAUUGGGCCUCGUAGAUCCAAUGAAGAUGAACAUAUUCGUGUUGAUGAUCUUUCAGCUCAGUUGGGUUCUCUAUACAAUUGGCCUCUUCCGGGUGCGUUCUAUGCUGUGUUUGAUGGUCAUGGAGGUUCUGAUGCAGCUGCUUAUAUCAGAACUAAUGCAAUGAGAUUUUUCUUUGAAGAUGCUAAUUUGCCACGAACAUCUGUUGUUGAUCAAGCAUUCUUGGAAGAAUUGGAGAGUUCUCACUUUAGAGCGUUUUUAGUUGCUGAUCAGGCGUUAGCCGAUGAAUGUAAUGUUGAUGCCUAUUGUGGGACAACAGCAAUAACUGCGCUGGUUUUGGGAAGACAUCUGGUUGUUGCUAAUGCCGGUGACUGUCGUGCUGUCCUUUGUAAGAAAGGUGUGGCAGUUCAGUUGUCUCAAGAUCACAGACCAACUUGUCUGAUGGAACGUCAAAGAGUUGAGAAAUUAGGCGGUAUUAUUGAAUACGGUUGCCUAAAUGGUGAUCUUGCAAUUACUCGAGCCCUUGGAGAUUGGUAUAUGAAGCUUCCAUUUGGAUCAGCAUCUCCUCUUACUGCAGAACCUGAAGUUAAGCAAACGUUGUUGACUGAGGAUGAUGAGUUCAUGAUACUUGGUUGCGAUGGCAUCUGGGAUGUGAUGUCGAACCAAGAAGCAGUGAAUGUUGUUAGACACGAGCUUAGACUGCACAAUGACCCGCAGCAAUCUGCCAGGGAACUUGUGAAUCAAGCUCUAUGUAAAGAUGACACGGAUGACAAUCUCACUGCAAUCGUUGUGUGCUUUACUUCUCCUGAUCACCAAACUUCAGUUCCAUCCCAGAGGCCAAGAUUCAGGUGUUGUAAUUUGUCCGAAGAGGCGAGGAAGAAGCUACAAAGUUUGUUAGGAAGCAAUUGAGUGUAAACUAGCAUUGUUUGAUGACCAUAUCAAUUUUUUCCACUACAAUGUGUUAAUACGAAUUAUUUUUAUUACUGUGGUGUCAGUUUGAGGCUGCUCCAGGGAGAAGUGAGAAAAAGCAGCCAGCAGUUUUGUGAGGCUAAUGCCUUGUAGUAUAUAUGUACUGUCAAUUCUUUUUAAUGGAACGGUGUGAUAUUUGAGUUAUCU